AUGGACCAAGGUAGCUUAAAAAUCGAUGCUCCCAAAGAAGUUCAGACAGCAGGAGAGUUCAGAUAUGAGCUGUGUGAGUUAUCAGCGUUGUACACAAAUUAUGGGCAGAUGUCACCAAGCUCUCACUCAAUUGUGCUUUUGGAAAAAGCCUGUGUCAUGAGGGAUCCUUUCACCCCUGGCAAGGACAAGUUCCUCAUCAUUAGGUCUCAUUGCAGUUUGUGUAGCAGAGCAGUGUGUGUUGGUACAAACUGUAGUCUGUUCUACUCCAAAAGUUUCUGCCUCCCCUGUGUGAAAGAAAACCUGAAGGCCUUCCCUUUGGAAAUACAAGAAGACAUGGAUAAAAGGAAGCCCCAGCAGAAAUCCUGCAAAAAAACGGAUACGAAGCAUAAAUCUUGA